AUGACUGCUAGCGGCGAUUAUAAGGUCAGCAUUGAUAAACGUGAAGGACCUGACGACUGGGCCAAAUGGAAAUGGCAUAUUUCUAUGGUGCUACGUGCGUAUGGACUAGGAGAUAUUAUUAACGGUACACGUGAACGUGUAGAGUUGCCGCAAGAUGCGACAAGUGAACAAAAAGAAGCGUAUGUGGAAUGGCUCAAGGAAGACGCAAAGGCAGCAAGUCUUAUAGCAAGUGCGCUAAGUAAACCUGUUGCAGAACUCGUCUUAACGUGCAAGAAUGCUAAAGAAAUCUGGGACAAAUUACGCGCCCGAUUUGAACGUAGCAGUACUCAGCGUUUGAAUAUGUUGAUUGAAACAUUUUUCCGUGUUAAACGUGAUGAAUCGGAAGAUAUUAGUGCACAUCUGGCCAAACUGCAAAAGUUAUUUGUGGACCUGAACGAUGAAUUAUCAAAACAUGAAGAAAAUACGCUAUCUGAAAGAAUCUUAAAUGGUCGAAUUUUGUCUACACUGGGAAAAGACUACGACAAUUUUAAGGAUCUCUGGGAUACGAUACCGACAGAAAAGCAAAGCUUGAAUUUAUUGAUUGAAAAACUCUGUACUAUUGAACUGCGUGAACAAGACGUUAAUGGAAGUGCAGCUUUUGUCGUUUCUAAAACAAGAAAACGGCAAACAAGUAAUCAGCAAAAAUGCAAAAAUGAAUCGUACGAGCUUGAUGACUUCAUCCGAAACAUUGCAAGUGUACCAUGA